CCAGGUAGAUCAGUCGGGCGAUGAUCGUCGUCCAAGUUGCGUCUCGGCGAAAUAACAGGUGCACCGUAUGUGAAAAUGGGUUUAGGUCACUUGCUGAUGAUCACCUUAACGUUGCUUAUUGUUAGCACAGGUUUUCAAGCAUCGGAAGCAUCUGACUGGGGAUAUUGGGGCAAAUAUGGCCCAGAAAACUGGACGGGAAUAUGUAAGACAGGAAAAAAACAGUCGCCGAUUGAUAUCGUGACGGAAGAUGCCUUAAGACUUGAUCUCGGCGCUCUUAAAUUCGAUCGAUACGACUUCGCGUUUUCUGGCAUGCUGACUAACAACGGACAUUCUGUGGAAAUUCGACUUGACGGCGUGCCAAUCCAUCUCAGUAGUAAAACACUGUCGUCAGUAUAUGUUCUGGAACAAAUGCAUUUUCAUUGGGGCGCAGAGCAUACUGUGGACGGCGUACGUCACCCGCUGGAAUUGCAUUUAGUGCAUUAUGAUAAAAAGUAUACGAAUAUUAGCGAAGCCAUGCAACACGAAGGCGGGCUUGCCGUGGUCGGUGUUCUAUUUGAGUUGAGCAAUAAUGACAAUCCGGAUCUGUCGCCGAUCGUAGAAGCGACGAAGAUGGUGUCGAAUUGGGUGGGACACAGCAUGGUACGCAUAAGGUCUAAGUUGAUACCUUUAUUGUUUCUACCAAAGGAUCAUACGACGUAUUACUUUUACGAGGGAUCGUUAACUACACCCGGAUGCCAAGAAUCUGUUUUGUGGUUUGUUAUGACCGAGAAACUCAAAGUGUCGGAAGCGCAGAUGAAUGUAUUCAGAAACGUGGAGAGCAGCAAUGGCACGCUAAAGUUCAAUCACCGACCUGUUCAAAACCUCAACAACAGAAAAGUGUACCAUCGCCUAGAGGGAUAUGUUAAUGCAUCCCAGGGUAUGACCUGGAGUGUCUACCCACUUAUCAGUGCUCUCCUAAGCAGACUUUUAUACCAGAGUUCUUAAUAUGAAAUAACUGAGUGCCAAUCCGGAUUUGAUGUUACAAUGCUUACAAUGCGAUAAUUAUGUGAUAUCAUUUAUUGCACUCACUGGACACCGAGAUGUGCAUUUAUUAUGAUAAAUUUACGCGCUCGUAUAACUGCAUAUUUGGAAAACAAUGUGUUUACCCCCCAAAAAAACCAAUGAAACCUGCAGGACUAUUAUCAACAUGAUAGUCAUCUCAUAUUGUACAUAAAGAUAAGAUAUAUAGGUAUAUAUAAUUUUUACAAGCAGUGAAGAAUUCCCUUCUUAUAAUUCGCUUUUCAAUUUGUUGAACAUAUUAGGUUCGAAUUUUUUACUAGUUAAAUAACAAAUAUUUGAGUAACAGUGCAUGCAGCAUUCUUUUUGUAUAAACAGUUUAUACGAUACAACAAUUAUCGCAGUAUAUCGCUAUUUAACAUUAUCGAAUAUAUUUGUAAUGUACAUACAUAAUUGAUAUUAACAAUAAUUGAGAAUUUGAUUUGCGAGCUUAUGCUAAAACCAAAUAUAAAAUGAGACGUACAGCUCAUUUUUAUUUAAAAAAAAUAUAUAUGUUCCUAUUUCUAUAGAAAUAAAAAUUAUUUUAAAGAU